CUCUGCCACCCAACUCACCUGCUCUGCUCUCCGCUCACUGCCUCUCCAGCAAUGAGUGGCUGAAAGCACAGUCUUCCCCUCCCCUGCUCCCGCUCUAUUUCUCUCCCAUUCUCCUCCCCUCCCCUGCACAGUUUUUCUUCACUGGAUUUGUUUAGCUGCUUUCAAACUUUCCCAUGUCAGCCCUGCCUGCAUUGCCCCAGGACUCAUCUGUUCUCUCUGCUCACUUCCAAAGCCAGAUCAAUGAAGCAGAGCAUUUGCAGGUUUUCCUUGGAGUGGGGCUGGCUCUUCUAUGCUUCAGUCUUCUUCUGAGCUGUGUUGUUUGCUGGCGUCGAAGCAGGCGGUGCAAGCACAACAGAAGCAAAAACCAAGUGCUGGAGCAGACGUUGGUGGACCUGAGGCCUGCUCUGCCUUCCAAGACCACUGCUGUGGCCAUCCAGCAGCAAUACACAAGGACAGUAGGAGAGGCAGCCAAUGACUCACCGGGUUCCCCUGGUUGUGGCAGCCCACCAAACCGCACAGUCCUCAGCAGGGCCUCUUUAUCCAGCUACCCUUUCUCCCAGACGCUCAAACUGCCCUCUAUGCUGCUGGAGGGCUGGGAGCACCGGCGCAACAUUUCCAGCAACAGCAUUUUCUACAAUGAGCGCAGGCCACUGACAAGCCCCAUACAAGGAGCCAGCCUCAACCAGUCAUACACCGUGCCAGAGUACCUGUCCAGCACCAGUUCCAAACCGCAGCCCCAGCUCCAUUUCACUUUGUUGUAUUCGCAGUCUGAGGCAACCCUUACCGUGACGGUGAUUGGUGUCUCCCAUCUCCCUAAGGUGUCCCGAAGCAGCCGCAGCUCCUACGUCAAGGUGUACCUGCUUCCCAGAUUCAUUGAGCCUCAGCGCACGGCUGUGCGCAGAAAGAGCCUUAACCCAGAAUUUCAAGAGCAGUUCCAGUUUGGCCGCUACAGCUUGGAGGAGCUGAGGCGCUUCACACUGGGCUUUGCAGUCUACAUGAAGGCUCGCAGCCUCAAGGAUUUGUUCAUCGGGGAAGUGAUGUUCCCAUGUGCCCAAGUCACCUGGAAUCCCAAGGUGUCCUCCAGCUACUCUUGGGAGCUCUCAACCACCAAAACCAAACUCAGAAAGUGUCUCAGUUCCCAAGACGUGAGCUCCAGCAUUUCGUCCUCCCAACCCAGAUCCCUGGGGCAGCUCUUCCUCCUCCUCCAGUACCAGGCUCUAGCCAACCGUAUCAAGGUGCUGAUCCGCAAGGCAGAGAAUCUGAGUCGGCUCACACGCAUGCCAGGCACACCAGACCACUACAUUGUAAUUCACCUUUACCACGAUGGCAAAAUCAUUGACACAAAGGAAACCAAGGGUAUCGCAGGCUACAACCCUGUCUGGAACAUGCCCUUCCUCUUCAGCAUCCCAUCAGGAGACAUCCAGCAGCAGCAGCUGUCCCUAGAGUUCAUCGUGAUGCAGGCUCAUAUCUAUACACGCAGCUGCACCCUGGGCCGAGUGCUGAUUGGUCCCAAUGCCCCAGAAACGGGGCUGAUCCACUGGAAGGAGAUGUGUAGCCGAGGGCAAGUGGAAUCAGCACGGUGGCAUUUAAUACAACCGGAUGCUUCUAGACUUAGUCCUUGACUCCCCCAAAGCCAUUCAGCUGUAUUCUUAGUGGAGCUCCUCCAUCUGCUGGAGCAGAAGGGCAGGUUUGUCAGAUCUAUUUGCUAGCACAGUUGAUCCCUGUUGGCCGUGCUGCCGAGUUAAAGAACUGUGGUCCCAGAGAACGCGUGACCACAGCUGAAGACUCGUCUCUAUCUUCAGGGACUAAGGGAUAUUAUACCGGGCUUAAGUAUAAUAGGCUCCACUCUGGGCUACACUGGAAUACUACAAACCAAUAGCUUUGGCUGGAAAAGGAAGGAGCCAGGGACUCAAAGCAAGACUUUCUUUGUUAAAUGUCUUCGGUAGGAUAGAUCUUGUGUCUGAACAUAAUGGGAGAAAACCCCACCCUUAAGUCCUGGCUGUUCCCACAGGAAGGUGAGAAGGUAACAGCAAAGAAAGGAGGGCAAGAGUUAGAAAUGAGGGAGGGAUGUCUGAGGGAGGGAGAGGAAGAUGGCUUGGAAUGGGCCGAGGCCUCCUUUCUCAGAAGGAUUCUGGGCUUGGCAUCCAAAGGUAACUUGUGAUCAAAGUUAAAAGGCCACUUCGGGUGCACUGUGCCAGACCCAGCCUUGGUAUAAGCCAAUGCAAAUGCAUGGCCUUCACUGGAGUUAUGACCCCUGACUCCAUGGAUGAUGCUUUAGUGAAGGCAGUGGGGUUUUGACCACUACCAGCUAUAUUUGGCCCAUGUUGUAGUCACAUGGAUUCUGCUAGGAGCAGUAUGGAAGACCAUCAUGCUACAGCCACAGUGACCUCCAGAUCAUUCCUUUCCACUCAUUGGGAUCAGUCAGAUGACAUGUGGAUGAAAUGUCAGCCUUUAUUUCACAGACCUCAGCAGCAAGUACCAGGUUUAUCACACACUAUUGUCAACUGUCAUAAUUUUUGGCGUUGUUCUUAAAGGCUACGUUUCAGGAUUGUGAACAACUUAGCUCUUUCUUAUAUAUAUAUUUAACAACACUGAUCAUAUAGAGCAGUGGACUGUGGAGUCGCUUUGAAUGGAGAACCCCUCAUCUUUGGAAGAGAAGUGGCCGCAGGGUCUGGAAGGCCCUAAGACACCCAGUCCUACCUUCAUAACUAAGCUGCACUCCCACCUCCUUGCUUCAUAAUAGGUAUUGAACUGCUGUAUGUCUCACUGACGUAUUUCUUACUGUUCAGCCUCACCCCGUCCUGGGAUGGUGCUGUCUCUCCUGGCCCAGGCUGUUCCAUGCUUCCCUUGCACAUAUAGCUCUGGAAUUCAGAGCUAGGCUGGGCUCAGAUGGGCUAGGUGGGAAAACGGGAAUUUUACAUGCGGCAGAGAGGAAGCCUCACAACUGAAAAGCAGUAGGCUCAGAGCCUGAGAUUCCCCUGUCUUGCUUUAAGCAGCAAAUGCAUAUUUAAUGUAACUGGAGUAACAAAUACACAGAUUAAAAAACUGUAUAGAUGCACUAUGUUCUAGACUGACCUUCUGUAUGAUAUGAGAACAAGGAUGAAAUGAUCAGCUGGGGACAUUGUAAUCACAGCUUGUUGGGCUCUUGCUGACAAUUACAGUUGUAUUUUUAUGCCAGGUGCAGUUCAGUAAGUUGGCUGUGGCCAACCUCUCCUCCUACCUUUUCCUCGCACGUGUCCUGUGGUUAAAAAAAACCUGACCCCAGAAUGAUCAGCUACUUAUACAGACAUGUUCAAAUCAGCGAAAAGUAUCUAACAAUACCUAAGGUUAUUGGCCUGGCAGGCUGUUUGAGAACACACAAGCUUUCCAUAGGAGCUGGGUAGACUCCAAGAUGGCUGAUAGAAAGUGACAUAAUUUGGGAAAGCUUAAAACCUUUCCUGUAUAGUGCCGGGUCUGGACCUGAAACACAGUCACUGCCUGCUGGUGUAAAACUGCAUUUCCCUUCCACAUCUAUCCCCUUUAAAAAUAAACAAACACAAGAAAUCUGGCCUCAAAGUGCAUUGCUGCAUACACACUGCCUUUUUUCAUGGCAUCCAGCUGUACCAAAGACAAAACACAACUAAAAGGGCUUCCUAGAGUUUUAAAUUUAAGCCUCAAAUCUGAUUAAGAUAAUGUGCAAUUACCAUAUUUUCUCAUAUACCACACAUCUUUUUAUUCCACAAAGUAUGCAUUAUAUGGGAGAAAUAUGGUAAAGAGUAUUUUCUGCGACUUACCAAGUGAAAUCAAGAGUAAAAUUGGCAGAAAUCCACAGGGAGCAGAACAAUGGGUAGGCUCUGCUCCCCAGCUGCUGCCACUCCACUACCUAUUACAAAGAAGGAUCUUUUUUUUUCAUUCUGCCUUUCAAAAAAAGAAAAAAGUGCAUUUUAUAUUUCAGGGCAUGUUGUACGUAAUAAAAUACAGUAACAUAAA